AUGGGUUUACAAUUUCAUCCUGAGAGAAUGAGGAAGCCAGAUUCUGAGGAAUUUGAUUAUCCUGGUUGCCCAUCUGCUUAUCAGAUUGGUUUUCUUGAACAGGAAUUUGCAAAGGCAGUGAUUGGAUAUCAGAAGAAGCUAAACAGCGCCAUAUCAGUACCAAAAGCUUUGAAGCUUGAUCAAGAAAUGGAUAAGAAGAGAAACAAAAUUAUCCGAAGUUUCUCACUUGCUAAGAAUAUUUACACCACUGGCCGAGGCACACAUCUGGUUAAUGAAUCUGAGCUUGAAAUAGGAGCAGAUUUCCUUCAGUCAAAUACAGCAUUGAGUCUGCAGCAAGAGAAGAGAUUGAAGCAAAUGGGAGCAACAGUAAGAAAUGGAGGUUCAUACAUAGAGAGAUUGAAGAUGAAUGAGGAGAGAGAGAAAGUAGCAAAGAAUGUGAUGGGGAAAAUGUCAGUGGAGCAGUUGUCUGAUCUAAUGUCUUUCUACCACAUGAUGGAGCAGAUUUGCUCUGAAGUUUUGGAAAGAAAGCUAAAUGGCAUUGUACAUGAGCAGCUUGGUUCUUGAACUUGUUGAACAUAUUUUUGGUGUAUGAUGUGGUUUUUUGGGGCAUAGCAUUUUGCUUUUGUUGUUGAAAAAGAUUCACAUGAAUCUUGGUUGAUGGGGCCUAUGUCUCUAUCUUUCCUUUUGUUUGGUUAUUUUAUUUUAUUUUAUUUUUUAUCUAUUGCUUUAGUUUGUCGUUAUUGAGAAAGGUGUAAAACUUUUCUGUUUG